AUGAGUGGAAAAAUCUGUUUCAAGUGUAAAAAACCGGGUCAUAUUGCUCGUUUUUGCAUCGAAAAUGAUACUGAUACGGGCAGUGAUCAUGAUUCUGAACAUGAUGAAGAUGAAAUUUGUUGUGAAUGUCACUGUCCUAGAUACAUUUGUCAACUAUCUCCAGAUCACGAAUUUAUGCCAUUAGGUCUAUGCGUGUUAAGCAUUUAUGACAUAUGCUCUUCACUCACUUUAAAUUUGAAAGUAAACAAGGGAUAUUUGACUAAUCAACGAGUCGAUGUAAUCGUAGUAUGUUCAUCGUCGGAUGGAUUAAGAGAAUCUGUCCUUCGAGCAGCUGGUCCGCAUAUUCAAAGAGCAUAUGCACAAGCUAAACGAACGAAAUCCCAUGAUGAAAUGAUUGCUUUGGAAUGUUCAAAUUUACCAUGCCAACGGAUUCUAUUUUUACCAUGGACACCCGAUGAAAAGCUCAUUUUCACCGAACAAACGAUAAAAACUUUUCUAUCCAAAGCGGUGAAAUAUGUACUCGAUGAAAACUACACAAGCGUGGCAUUUCCUGCUAUUGGUUGUGGGCAAUACGGUUUCGACGCGGAUUUUAUUGCUCGCGCAAUGAUAAAUCAUAUCAAAACCGAAUCAUAUCCGUUGAACAUCACGAUUACUNUAUACAGAAGAGAGGAGAGGAGAAAUUUCUCUACCAUGGUUGUUCGGCUAUGGCUGCAGAUAGUAUCAUCAAAGACUAUUUCAAUCGAAGUCUAA